AUGUCAGGAAAGAAUACAAAAUCGCGUAAUACGAUCCAGACGCAGCUGAGGCCUGGUUUACAGACCGCAGCCCCGCCUUCAGGUGAGCCGCCAGGUUCCACCGAAGCGCAGGCUAUCCCUGACGCCGCUGCCCUUAAAGUGGAGCUAAUGACAUCGCUGAAAGAAGACAUCGCCGAGAUAAUAAAAAAGCAGUUGCAGGAGACGCUCGGGGAUUCUUUGUCGACUAUCCAGCUUGAUCUACAAACCGUGAAAACACAGCUCGCGAAUAAUAAAGCAGCUACUGAUGCUACAUUAGCCGAGCUCAAGUGCACCGUGGGAGAAGUGGAAAACGCACUAUCUGAAUGUUCCGAUGACAUUGCUGUGAUGAAAGCAACAAUCAGUAGCCUGACUGCUAACGUUGCCAAGCUCGAAAAUAAAUGCGAGGAUUUAGAAUCCAGAUCACGGCGUAUGACGCUCUCCGUGUUCCCGGAUUACACUGCCAAGGUGGCCCGGGCCCGGGCUGCCUUCAAUGAGGUCAGGAAAUUACUCCGCGGCAUAGAUGGUGCUCGUUACGGACUAAUCCAUCCAGCACGUCUCCGCAUUACUUUCAAGGGUGUUGAGAAGGACUUCAUCUCAGCGGAUGAAGCCAAAGAAUACGUCCAAACCUUAAUUUCU